CGUGACGAUGACCUCCGUUCGCAUCUGCAUCCUCCUUGGUUUUCUGGCCACAUCAGCCAUGGCGUUUCACCUCGAGUUCCGUGAGCUGGACCUCCAGGAGUCCGGCGGCAAUGAGACGGGUAAAGAUCUGUGGCGCUUUGAAGAAAAAGUUGACGGACAACUUCCCGGCGUCUGCUGGGCCUGCAAGUGGAUCGUGAACAAGGUGAAGAAAUCUCUCCCCAGGGACAACUCAGAGAAACAGAAUGAAGUCAGAGACAAACUCCACAGGGUGUGCGACAAAAUCGGAUUUCUGAAGUCCUUGUGUAAGAAAUUUGUGACAAAGACCAUUGACAUUCUGGUGGAAGAGCUGUCCACCACCGACGACGCAAAGACCAUCUGCGUCAAAGUCCGAGCCUGCAGCAGCAAGCCCACUGUGGAGGACAUUGCGCUUGAUGCUAUGGUGUCCAUGUGGCUCAAGAAGAUUUUGUAGAGCACAGUCCCUUGCUCUUCAACAGCACCAGCCCGUGUGUUUCACAAAAGCAUUUCAAUUCCCGCUCGAUUUUCACGUAAAAUACCAGAUGAAAGCGAUAAUAGUUGAACAAAUACUUGAUAACGUCAUUUUUGAGUCAGACGGCACUGGUAUGGCUGAGGAGUCGUGGCAGGGCUGCUCGCGUAUUAAAGAUGCUCUAUUGAAAAUGUAGUUCAAAGAAAAGACCAACAAUAAAACUACU